AUGAAGGGUGAAGUACAGCAGUUGCAACAGAGGUUGCUGGCCAAGGUGAACGAAGAGGAUUACGAGGAAGUACUGAGCGGUGGUGUAGGCCGGUACAAGGAGUUGCUGGCGCAGUAUGUGGUGAUGAUCAAUAACCGGAGUGCGGAGGGGUCUCUGAUUUGGAGGCCGUCGCAGGAUGCCAGGAAACACGACAGCAUUGAGGUGCAAGGCAAGAUAGACGUCGAGCUGCUGAGCGAUUUCAUCGAGUGGAGUGACUGGCUGUUUGAACUGCGGAGGUCGUGCAUUGAUCUGUUGCUGGAGAAACACAGAAGCCGUGCGCUGCUGGAAGAGCAAUUGCGGGACCAGGCCAUUGAGGAACAUACCGGGGAGCCCGCCGUUGGUACCCACGAUGGCCACGGCCACGAUGCUCGCGAUGCCAAGACAGGCCGGGAGGAGAACCUCGCGCCAAAGGAUAAACUACUGCACAAGACGAAGCAACUGACCAACAGUCUGUCGCGCGGCACACAGCUGUUGCAGUCAGGGAUACUACAGAGCGAUCUGAACCUCGACGAACUCAAGCAACAGACCAGCUCACUACAGAAAGUGGACGACAAGUACCAGCAGUUCGAGAGCAUAUUCACAAGAACAAACCAGCUGGUGAAGACCCUGGAGAAAGCAUCACACCAGGAGAAAAGAGACGUCUACAUGGCCCUCGGGUUCCUCUGCCUCUGCAUAAGUUGGGUCGUGUGGAGACGUAUCCUGAAGUUGCCAUUCAAGCUAGCGCUGUGGAUUCUAUUCAGGUUCUUCAAGACCAUCUUGACCACCAUAGGCCUAGUAUCAAAACACAUGCCUAGCUCACCCAGCACCAACUCUACUACCUUGGAAUCCGCAGCCAGCAUGGCAGUGAGCGAGGCCGUAGACAGACUAGCCAGCGGCAUAGCCAGCGGCCUAGACGACGAACUCUGA